AUGAAGUGGUGGAUUCUGACUCUCCUGGGCCCGGCCCUGGCUGACUCAGUCUUCGACAAGCUGGACGCGCGCACGCAAAACCAGGUGUUCCAGAUCAUCGAACGGUACAACCACCUUGACAACGACCAGGUGCACUUCGAGGAGUGGAUCUCUCCCGACAACAACGCCUACAUCGUCCCGCGAUACCGCGCCGCGGCCACUGACGAUGCGCCGUACGUCUAUGGCAACGGGUACCAGUUCUUUGGCUCCGGCAACGACGCGGCCGGGUCUCUGGCAACGGAAACGGGACCGCAGAUGGGGCUGAUCAAGGAGGAGGACAUUGCUGCGCAGGGCUUCCCGAACUUGUUCAAGAAGCUCAAGGACCGCCUUCAUGGCUCCUGCGAGGAGGAGCACAGUGCCGAGGAGUACUUUCCGUUCGGCGCGCGCAAAUUCCUGCUUGUGGGCGUGAAGAAGGAGUCGGUUGAGUUCGUGGCGGAUGAAAACAGCUUGCAGGCCCAAGAGCCCGACAGCUCUGUUGACGCAAACUGGUGGCCUAGAAAGAAAAAGGAGGACGACUGCGGCGAGGAGGAGCAGAAAAAGCUGUUUGGCACCGACAAGUUCUUCUUCGUGGGCAUCGGCUCUGUCGACAACUCUAGCGCAAAGCUCAGACCGGUCUCGGACGCCGACUCGUCGCCGUUGUCGCCGCUGGAGUACGCCUCCAGAAACAAGCAGGUUUCACAGAACGCCGUCGCUGCCUCGUCUCCCGAGCCGCCUGCCCCAACAACGCUUUCUCUCAGCCACCGGACAAAGCCCAACGCAAGCGGAGAGUUGCAGCAGUUCCAGAACAAAAGCAGGCUGGAAGUGCAGAACGACGCCGCCGCCGCGUCCGGCCGCGCGCUGUCGCUGAUCGGGGCUCUUGUUCUGAUCGGGUCGUCGGUCCUGUUGUUCUAG